AUGAAAUAAACAGAUAACUCCUCAUGUAAAGUAGUUUUGAAGCGGGUUUGGCUGCUGUUUUAGCCGCUGUCUCUGGUUUCAUCCUCCGCCUUUGUCCUCAUGUUUUCCCCCGGAGUUCCUCCCCCUGCGGCGCUGGGCGGAGUUUCAUACCGGACUAGACGCUCCUUUUGUCGGAUUCGUUUCGACCUGACUCCCCGGGGUUUACGGCUGAAAAAAACACACUUUGAAAGUCCCGAAAUAAUCCAAACGACCACAGUGGUGUGCAGUAAUAACCCGGGUUUCUGUCUGAACCUGAAGAGCAGGGAGGGGGCGGAGUCUCCGUCAGUCGCUGCAGGAUGAACGGCAGCAGCAGCGUCUCCAGAGCUCAGAGCGCCAGGAUCAAAAGUGAGCCAGAUGAGUGGAGUAAGGAGGACUGUCUGACUCUGCUGGAGCGGAUUCGCAGUCUGCUGCCGGACGGAGACGGCAUGAAGUAUAAAACCACAGAGUCGCACUUCGACUGGGAGAAAGUUUGUUUCGGCAGCUUCACCGGAGACAUGUGCCGGCAGAAAUGGCAGAAAGUGUCCUCUGAGGUUCGUAAGUACAGAACGAUGACGGAGCUCAUUGUAGACGCCACAGAGUUUGUGAAGAAUCCAUACAAAGGCAAGAAACUGAAGACUCAUCCAGAUUUCCCCAAGAAACCUCUGACUCCGUACUUCCGCUUCUUUAUGGAGAAACGAGCCAAAUACGCCAAAAUCCACCCGGAGAUGAGCAACCUGGACCUGACCAAGAUCCUGUCCAAGAAGUACAAGGAGCUGCCUGACAAAAAGAAGCAAAAGUACAUCACCGAGUUCCAGCGAGAGAAAGAAGAGUUUGAGAAGAACAUGGCGAGAUUCAACACCAUGCCGCUCGGUGCUGGGACGUCCUUCAUGUUUCACCAUCCAGGCUUCCGCCACAGUUACCAAGAACGUUGGAAUGAAUUCCCCUUACAUCUAAUUACAUUAUCAUUACAUCUAAUUACAUUAUCAUUGUAUUACUGCGUAGUUUCGGUCUUAAUAUCGUCCCACUGUUGGUCAUGUGACUCGUCCCACUGUUGGUCAUGUGACCCACAGAGCGACCGCAGGAAGGCUCAGGCAGGGAUGGAGGCGGCCUGGAAGUCGAUGGAGAAGAAGGAGAAGAUUCCUUGGAUCAAGAAGGCGGCGGAGGACCAGAAGCGUUACGAGGUUCAGUACCAACCUGUGAGGGAGCUGUUGGAGAUGAGGGCUCCACCAGCAGGUCAGAGUCAGAGGAAACCGAAGUUUGACGGAGAACCAAAGAAACCUCCAGUGAGCGGCUAUCAGAUGUUCUCCCAGGAGCUGCUGACCAACGGCGAGCUGAACCACUUCAGCCUGAAGGAGCGGAUGGUGGAGAUCGGGAAGCGGUGGCACAAACUGAGCCAGACUCAGAAAGACAAGUACAAGAAGAUGGUGGAGGAGCAGCAGGUGGAGUACAAGGCCGAGCUGGAGGCCUGGGUCAAGUCUUUGUCUCCUCAGGAUCGAGCCGUCUAUAAGGAGUUCUCCACCUCAAAACGUCGCAGCACCACUAAAGUUCGCAGCAGUCCCGGAGCCAAAGUCCGAGUGACAGCGAAGGGGAAGGCGGCGAGUUCGAGGGCCGCAGCACAGACGGUCGGGGUGGCCAAGCGGGCGAUGGCGUACCGAGCCAAGCAGGACAUGUCCGACUCAGACGAGGAGGAGGAGAAGAGCGAUUCAUCUGACUCUGACGAAGACGACGAGACAUCAGGAUCCACAGACAGCGACGAUGACGAUGACGAGAACGAUGAAGACGACGAGGACGAGGAUGACGAUGAAGAUCAGAGCUCCUCUGAGGAGUCCAGUGACUCGGACUCGGACUAGCUCCGCCCCCUCCACCUCAUUGGAGAGGACAGGCUGUGCAGGCCACGCCUCCUCGCAUGCCAAUCAUCCCGGCGGACCAAUGAGAAGUGGUGAUGUCAUUCUGCGGUCGCGCUGGCCCCUCCCACCUCCCCUCUGAAAGGGGGCGGAGCCUGACGGAGUGUUUUGUUACUCGUGUUUGUUUCUGUUUUUUAUGGAGUGUUUGGUUUUUAUCUGAGGGACGUUUCAGACAGGUGGAGAGGUCUGUUUUAUUUUUCGGAGCGAUGACAGGGGUUGUACAGAGUUUGACAGGCGGGGAGGGGCGGAGACUAUUGGUUGUCGUUAGUUACGGCUGAGGGAGGAGCCAGUGUUCAGCCUCCAAUCAGCCGCCUGCCUGAGAAAAUUAACAAAUAAAUGCACUUUUUCUCA